AUGAGUGAGAGGGACCUUGUGCUCCAUCACAAGAUGCUUAAGCAGUUCUUGGAGAUUUCAGAUGAUCUGAGCAAUAAGACCCGAACUAACUCUUCAAGAGCGGCCCGAGCCAGAGAAAAGUUAUUGAAGCUUUCUGGCGCCCAAUUCAGAGAAUUGAGUACUGAUGUGUAUGACGAGUUGAGACGAAGAAUAGACGAGUCGAGGGGAGAACCAGACUUCCUUCUUCCCAAGUCCUCGUUCCACCCGAAGAGAAAUCAAGCGAGACAGAAGUUAAGCUCCUUACCCCAAUCGAGGUUUAAAGAUUUGGUCCUGGACAUCUCGUACGAAAUUGAGCGUAGAAACCUCCACGUCCCGGCCGUGAAUGCUAACAAUACUAAUACUAAUAACAAUAAUAAUAACAAGACAAACUCGCACAAUACCAUGUCCACAUCUUCGGACAGCCGUCACAGUAACCAAUCAUUCAGUCAUAACCGUCAGCAAUCUGCAGAUGUUGGUAGUCAUAUAAAUUCCUUCGACCACUCGAGAAACGUUUCUAUUGGCACUAGAGGGCUGAAGGAACAACAGCAACCACACCAACUGAUGCAGAGUGCCUCGCUGAUGAGACAACAACAGCAUCUGAUAUCUGAACUGCCUCGUGGACAGACUGACCAUCAGCCUUCCAUUGGUGUGCAAUCUACGACCGUUAUUCCGUCGAAGGCUAACUUGACUUGGUCGAGUGAUGAAGAAGACGACGAAGAAGACCUCAAUGGUGCUCAUGAUGACAGUUUUAACGGCGUAAAUAAGAGAUCUAUCGUUGGUGACACUGGAAACGGUAGAGAUGCCAAUGGUGCAGGUAUUGCAGCCGGCUUUGCAUCGGGAGCUUCAGCUGCUAGUGCCGUCGAACCCGUCUCAUCAAAGUCGGUUGCCGAGUUGAAGGAACUCAAUGAAAAGAAUUCUCAGCUUGACACAUUGGUGAACUCCCUCCAGGCUAAGCUUGAAGAAGCUCAACAUGACAAAGAUCACCUCGAGUCCAAGAUCAAACUUCUCCAAGAAGAGUAUGAUUAUUCAAAUACUCAAAACAAAGAGUUAAGUAAAGAAUUAGAAGAAUUGAGUUCAUCCAAGAACCAAUGGCUAACUGAAAAGGAUGUUUACGAUAAGAAAAUAGAAGAUAAUCAACUAAAUUACAUCCACAAAACUGAGUAUGAAACUUUGAAGUCAUCCCUUGGUGCUCUUAGAUUGGAAAACCAGUCUUUGAAGAACAGUGUAUCUAAGGAUAGACAACAGCGUACUGCAUCCACCGAUUUUGCACUGCAAUUGCAACAAAAGCAAAUUCAAUUAGAUCAAGGCUCUCCUACUACCCAAAUUAGCGGCUCAGCUAACUCUGGAGCUGUCAAAAAGGACGUAGAAAGAUUGCUCGAACAAUUGGGUAACAUCGAUACUAGUAGAUCUGCGGUUAAAAAGGGAGGUGAGCAGUCUGUCAUUGAUCUAAAGAUGGAUGUGGCUAAAUGGCAACUGAAAUAUGAAGAAGUCCGUUCUGGUCAUAUUUCCAAGGAUUUGCAGACUAAAAUUAUGAAAAGUGAUGAUUUAAAGCCAUUUAUUUCACCCCAAGGUUCAAUAUCGUUCAAGUUAGUUGCUGACCUUCUAGCCUUUGUGGAAACUUUCUUGAACUAUCUUGACAAUGAUGAUACGUUUGAUUCUGAUUUCCUUUUCGAAAAGAUCUCUAAAAUAUCUGUAACUGCCAAUGCAAUUGCAGCUCAAGGUGACGAUGCAAGUCUCAAUAGCAAUGAGAACUCUAUUUUACUUAGAGAAGCGGUUAGUUAUGCUUUGACUUCAACUAGAUACUACGCCGUAUAUUCUAAUAUUUUACCAAAAGUCAUUGUUGAGAGAUCCUUGGGAGAAAUUUGCUUUUGUCUCUGCGACUUAAUUUCAAUCUCCAAGUUGAACAUCAAUGAAAUAGGCGAUAACAAGUAUGGUGGUGGUUUAAAAGUCAUUCAGAAGAAUGAUGAAGCGAUAAACAGCGGAGUCAGGCCUUUGAGAAUGGCAAAUAGAUUGAGAGAGCAAAGCAAUUUGAGCCCAACUAACGAUAGACAUGAAAUAAUUGUUCCAAAAAUAAUUCCAACCCAGGUGGAUAAUGAUUCAAAUGCUUCUUCUAGGGCCAAAGGAAUCUCAUCUUUAAGUUCGAGGUUUGAUAGAAAACGUGAAGAAGUUGAACCGGAAGUAACACCAAAGCCAAAGGGUACUCCACCCAGGGCACAAAUUGGAUCAGGUGUUGCAUAUUUGUCCAAAAGGUUAAGUAAUCAAGCAGAAUCAUCUCCGAACAGUUCUCCAUCUAGAAUCACACCUACAAAAUCAAAUAAUAGUAUAUUUGACAAGGUGAAACAAUUCGAAACUUCUCCGAGAAAUGAUGACUAUACUAGAGGCAUCAAUGGAUCUCCAGAAAGUCUCAAAAAGGUAUCAGAAGAAGACAGGGGAUUGUCUGGAGCAUUCAGGGCCAAUGGUAGUAGGAAAGAUAAAAUUGAAGAAUCUGAGCCAAAGCCAGUAGGAAAAGGAAUUUUUCAAAGUUUAAGAGAGAAGCUUGUGUCAGCUGACAACAAUGAAGAUCUCAAUAACUCUGAUGAAAAGGUCGACACUUCAGUAAACGAUACUAUGGCUGAGAGAGAUUUAAACUCAACUAAUCAAACUACGCCAUACAAUGAUAACCAUUCUAUUUCAUCGGUGAAAUCAGAUUCAGGUAAAGGAUUCUUCCUGUCUAUCAGACAAAAGUUGGGCUCCCAGGAAAACGGAGACAUUGACGAAGAUGAAAAUGAGAGUGAGACUGCUACUAUCACUCCUGCUAAAGAACUUAAGUCAUCAGUAAUGAAUUUCCUGAAGCACAAAGUAAAUAUGGUUAAUAUUGAUGAACCAAAAUCAUUGGGAAGGACUCAAUCUACAGAUUCAAAAGCUGACUCCAAGGCCAGCUUCCACAGCACUUUCCAGUCGCCACAGGCAUCAAGCAAAGCUGUAGAUACAAUCGCUCCAGUUAAGAAAUCAGUCAACAUAUCGCCUAUGCCCGCUCAAGUUGCGCAUCUCAAUACAACUUAUGAUGACGAUGAAGAUGAUGAUGAUGAAUUCGACGAUGAAAGUGAAGAAGAGGACCCAGAAGAAGAAGAAGCAAGACAAAGACAAGAGUACCGUAAGUCUAUGGCUGCAGCAACAUUCAAUGUUGAUUUGUUCGAUAUUGACGAUCCAGAUAACACGUUAACUCAAGUUUUACUCUAUUUAGAAAAUCAAACUGUUAAAGUCAUUUCCACAACUCAGUCAUUGUUAUCGGCUAUUAAGCAUCCACAAGUCACUAAGGAUGUAUUGAGAAGUAAGGCUGGGGCUAUCACAAAUGUUAUAUCACAAAUGACAGAAGCUACCAAUACGUCUAUGAACCAAACCCGUAAUGCCCAAUUGAAGGAGCAUGGUAGUUGGGUCGUUAGAAGUUUGGAGGAUUGCAGUCACCGUAUGAAUAUUUUGUGUAAGGUUAAUCCUGAUGAAUCCGAUGCUACUUUUGCUGAUAAGAAUUUCAAACAAAGAUUGGCUGGUAUUUCAUUUGAUAUCGCCAAGUGCACUAAGGAAUUAGUCAAGACUGUCGAGGAAGCAACUUUGAAGGAAGAAAUUGCUAACCUAAAUGCUAGAUUGAGUCGUCAAGUAGAAUAA